CAGUAGCAAUACAGAAGCAAUAGAAUAAAGCCUUACUUGAACCGAUGUAACAGUGAGAUAAAUCCUGUCAAAGACAAGUAUACACAAAUUUACCAUACGUAACCAAUGUCCUCAUAUUUCUUUGCUGGAUCUUGGAUACUACUAAUAAAUUUGACGUUGACUCAUCAGCAAACUACUCAGUCAACUAGCCAUCAAACUAUUCAUGUUCAUCACAAUAGUGUUUUGAUUCCACACGAACAACAAGUUUACAGAUAUAUCAUGAAGGAUUAUGAAACGUCUGUAAGACCGUUGAAAAACAUAUCGGAAAAGUUAACCGUGAAGAUAAGGAUACGCCUACAACAAAUCAGCGGUUUAGAUGAACGUAAUCAAGUGUUGACAACUAUACUAUUCAUCGAACAGAUAUGGGAAGAUGAAUAUUUAAAAUGGAAUGAAUCGGAAUUUGGUAAUGUGAGAACUUUACGCAUACCUGCCAGGCAGGUUUGGACUCCAGAUACUUAUGUAUUUAAUAAUGCUGAUCAUACAAAUUCUGGAUUUUUAGAAGGUAUCUAUGUUUUAGUUCAUAGUUCUGGUAAAAUAUCAUGGCCAAUUCCAGUUCAAUUGAAAACAUCUUGUAAAGUUGACAUAACAUUAUUUCCCUUUGAUCAACAAUAUUGUGAAAUACAAUUUGGAUCAUGGAUGUAUAAAUCUGAUUGGAUUCAAUAUGAAUUUCAAAUUAAUGAACAGAACAAUUCAAAAACAAUUAAAAAUUGGAAAUAUUCAACAGAGUCAUUGCCUUCUUUUGAAUCAUUAUUUGUAAAUAAUUCUAAUCCAUAUUUAAGUGUUGAGAAAUUGGUUCCUAAUGAAAUUGAACAAAAUGCUAUUGACAAUGAUGAUAAUAAUUUGGAAGAUUAUUUAACUAGAAAUGCAUUAGACACCACAUCUUAUUGGGAUAGUACAGAUUGGAUGUUGAAACAAGCUGUAUUAUCAUAUACUUAUCGGUCUACUGAUCUCCUGACUGCAUGGAAACCAAUAACAAGUAUAUUUAAUAUAAAAUUUUGUGAUAAUCAAAUGAAUACUAGACAAACGGAUUUAGUAUUGAAAUUGUUUUUACAAAGAAGAAGUUUUUUCUACAUUUGGAAUAUUGUUGUACCAUGUAUAUUAUUAACAUUGCUUACAUUGUUCACAUUUUGGACACCAAUUGAUUCAGGUGAAAAAGUCACGUUAGGUUUAUCGGUAUUUUUAGCUUUUUCAAUGUUUAUGAUGUUGAUAGCUGAACGUGUACCUCCAACAGCUAAAAAUAUUCCACUUAUCGGAGUAUAUAUGACCUCUGUAAUGUCGAUAACAGUUGGGUCUGUUGUUGUAUGUGUAAUUGUUAUUAAUUUGGAUGCCAGAGGUGAAAAGUUAUCACGUGCACCGAAAUGGCUACGUCGUAUCUCAAAAUUGGGAAUAUUUAAAUUAUUCUACAAGGAAAAUUGUUAUGAUGUAAAUGAAUCAGCAGGUUUGUCAUCGAUAAUAGGAAAACUAUUGACCUCAAAUUUAAAUCAAGAAAAGAAACUAUUAGAAAUCGAUCAUCAGAUCUCAGCUCUUUCCAAGUUAAAUCAUUUGCUUGACAAAAACAAAAUGUAAACCGAAGAAAUUCGAUCAAUCUGCCAGAAUUAUUUUUCUCGACCAUAUUUAAAAGAAGAAUUUUCAUCGAAUACAACUCCUUCUAGUCCUCCUGUCUAUCAUCAUAACAUUAUUGUUAAAAAAUCCUUAAAUCAUUCAAAUCCAGUUCAUUGCCAUCCAAUAUUAACAGCGUCAAAAAUAAAUUCAGCAUCAGCUGUUCCUAUUCCAAUAAUAAACCGUACUGAAUUAAAUCAUCCAAUUGUUGAAGGGUAUAAAUUUUGUAAUUCUAUGGAACAGAAUUAUUCAUCAAAACAUUAUCUACCAUCUGCAAUACUUUGUGAUUCAAAUGAACUAUUGAAUAAUCGUAGUGAUAAUAAUAAUAACAAUAAUAAUAAAGAUUUAAAUACAACUCUUUCCAAUAUUUAUGAUUUAUCUAGUGUAAAUAAAUGGAAUUUCACCAAUCAAGUAAAUACUACUACUACUACUACUACUACUACUAGACAUGAACUAAUCAAAUACGAAUGGAAAGUGAUCGCUAAAAUUACCGAUCGAUUAUUAUUUGUUUGCUUUGUUUUAAUCACCAUCAUUUGUUAUGUAGCCAUUUUUGUAUGGCCUUUAUUAGCUGGUUCAAGCAUGCUCUAUCGAAAAAAUCAUUGAUUAGUUCACAGAGUGAUUGUAAAUUUCUACUCGGAUUCAUAUAGAAUUAAUUGGUUGGAACAAUGACUUUUCCCAAAAUGCU